CCGUACGCUGGUGAUGGUUAUUGCGUAUUGAACAAUUCCAAUAUGUCUUCGGAGGAUAAAAGAGGGCCUCCCCCUUCGUACGACGAAGUAACCAGUCCUAGUUCCCAGCCUUUGUUUUCACAAGAGAACCAGUAUAACCACUUUCAGCCACAAGGUGGCGUUCAGGGACAGUAUCCUGGCUACCAAUAUCCACCAAAGGGUAAUUCUGCUGGUCCGUAUCCAUAUCAACACGUGCCGGGUGCGCCACAAGGAUUAACUCACAAUGUUGUGGUCAAUCAGCCUUGUUCUGCUACCAUUGUGACAUCACGGCCAGUCAGACAGGACUGGACAGUGCCGGCUAUUCUCUCUUGUUUGUGCUGUUUUUGGCCAACAGGAAUUUUUGCAAUAUUUGCUGCUUGUAAGGCUAACGCUGCAGCAGUAGAGGGAGAUGAGGUGGAAGCGCAAGCGCAGUCAAGACGCGCACGUAGUCUUGUCGUCACUUCCGUUGUUAUAGGAAUUUUCAUCAUGAUACUUUCUGCAAUUUUGCGAACAAUUGUUUAUUCUAAUUACUCGCGUCAUUGAAAAGUAUCGGACAGUUUUUAGUCAUUAAAGACUUUAUCAACAAGUACAUAGUGGAAUUUGAUGAAUUUAAAUGAAUUUGUUUUACAACUGGACUGUGAAAUUAUUUAUUGUGAAUUUAUAUUCAGAGGAUUGUUUUUCUGUUUCAAAUGAAACUGUUAUCAAGAUGCUUAUACUGUUAUGUGUCUGUGUGAAUUAUUCACACAAAAGAUUACUUUUUUAUGUACAUCUGAAUACAUAUAUCUAGUCUGUAAUGUUCCUUAUUCUCCAACAUUAUACGUUAAUUUAAUAUCUUAUCAUUGUAUGUGUUCAUUCUAUUGAAACAAGCCAUUCAAUAUGUUCUAUAACUUCGAAUAUUAUGCAUUGCUAGAUCAUUUGUUAUUGUACAUGUAUUAAGAUUGUUGUCCUUAAAAAUAUACUCUGUGUAAUAUAUCUGAA